AUGCCCGUCCCCCCCCCCCCGGGUUCAAAUGGCCAGUCGAGUGAGUGAGUCACAGGGAUAACAACCUUCCUGAUUCUGAACACGUCGUGACUUUGAUCAGCUGCUUUGAUUUGCCUGCGGGGAGGUUGAGCAGAAAAAUACUUGAUCAAGUUAUUGUUCUCAACAGGAUGCAGAGAUAUGACAGACUUUUUUUCCAAAACGAGCAAAGGAACCUCUUCAAAGUCUUCCUCAUCAGGAGUACAUGUCUUACCAACAUCAAGACCAGACCAAGAGAGGACCUUAGUAUCAUCACUGUUGGCAAGCGACGAUAUUGACCAAGUUAGUCCAAUACCUGUUUAUUAUUGUUAUUAUUCGUUCUGCAUUGCUUUAACAAUAAUUUAACUCAGUAUUUCUUAGUUUUAAUAAUGACCUUCAUUGGGUCUUUAUUUCAGUUAUUUAUGAAGAGAACUUUGUUCCUAUCGUUUUGUUAUUAAUUCUAUAUCUUGUAAGAAUUGCCGCAUAACAAGCCACAGCAAAUGAGCCGCAUAACAAAACCGUUCAUGUAUCUGAACACGGCUAACUCCUCGAGCGUCCCCGACUUCGCGUGCCCAACUCUGCAUGAACCGCUCUGCCAUCCACGUUCUCAGCAUCACUCGAUCCUGAGUAAUCCCGCUAUCCGAGCGCCUUCUACAUCGUCUACAUAGGCUCCAUUUCUCGGUUCAGUAGUAAUGUUGUACAGUAGUACUCUUCUCCAGUCUUCUCAGUACCCAACAGCACACCUUGUAAUUUCGCCCACCUUAUUUUGCUCUGAUAAUUUUAUCUUUUAGAUCGAGUCAAGGACAAAAAUUCAAAUUGAAAAAGAACUUGGAACAAGACUCGGAAGGUCAAUUGCAAAGUCCAGUACAUCUACAACAACGCAACCCAAACCUGAUAAAACUACUUUGGACAUUUCUGUAGAGGAAAUAGUGAGGGACAAUGUUAACAAAUUCCAACGGGAACAAUUGGCCAUGGCAAGAAGUGUACAAAAAGUAAUUUUGUCGUCUACGCUAGCAUCCGUCAGAACCGCGGCAACUAUUGGUCCCGAAAUUCUAACUACGUUAAGUACAGAGGUAGAAAAGUUCGAAGAAAAAGCUUUACGACAAAUUAAGAUCGUUCUCGAAAUGUCACAAAUAUCAUCAAGGGAGGCAACAGGAUCAAAAGCUGUACAAUGUCUGUUGCAAGACAUGGUUGAGUAUUCCGCACUUCUUGAUAUGUAUCGCGCAAAAGUACGAGAUAUGCAGAGACAGUUAAGAGAUAAAGAAAUUGCGCUUGAAGAACUAAAGGCACUAACGGAACAAAACAAUAUUAAUCGUGCUGUUCCUGACAUAGCUAUUAAAAUUGCAGCUGUGAUGGAAAAUCCUGAUGAAGACUGUUUAGUAUUGGCUUCCUUACUCAAGAACUUGAUUCACAAUCGAGGCACGCCAGUUAAGCGAUGGAGCGAUGAGACGAAAUCCCUCUUUGCAACAAUUCUUGAUUAUGGAGGUCCAGCGUUGGCCAAAAUCGUUACAGAUAAAAUUGGUGGUCCCAGUCUAAACACAAUGUACCGUACAGCAAGGUGUAACUAUGCUAUACCGAUUAAGUUAGAGGAAAACGCCAUGAAACAUGCCGCAUCUUUUUACAAGAAAAUUGGAUAUAAUGGCGUUUUCCAGCUGGCGAUAGACGCAACUGCGAUCAUUCCUACCCUGCGAGUUAAAGGCAACAAGCUAAUAGGUUUGGCAACAGAAAGCGAGUGUGUACUUACUACAGCUCAAGACAUAAUAGAUGUCGUGAAGGAUGAAAGUAACGAAAGGGCUAAGCAAGCUAAUGCAUUUUUGCUGGCACCACUGCAGGAUCAUGUACCGUCGUUUGUUUUGGCUAUCAGCCCUGUUUAUAAAGGUCAAGACCACGCCCUUGUGAACCACUGGUUUAAUCAAGUCGGUUUGUGGGGCUCGCGUAACGGUAUCACAGUAGUUGGAUUAGGAGCGGAUGGUGAUUCCAAAGUCCGAAAAUAUUAUGUCGAUCGCUUCAGAAAACGCGAAGAGGACAGGAACGAUAUAAUCAGUCUUCAUUAUAACUCCUUUGAGUUCAACAUUGUAGUUGAAGACUAUCAGAACAUGGAUAUUGAUACUCCCGUACCAACCGUCAUGUUUCCAGAUUGGCGACAUCUUAUAAAAAAAUGGCGUAACCAAUUACUUAACGUUAAACGCAUUCUCGUCAUUGGCGAAGGUACCGCUCAAAUAGAACAUAUCAUAAAGGUGCUUGAAAAGGACAGAAUAAGAUCGGGUCUAUGGAAAAGUGACGUUUUCGUGAAAGACAAACAGAACGUCAAUGCGGCCAUGAGAAUUUUGCAAAAAGAAGUUAGGGUUUGUAUGAAAGAGUGGAGUGACAAGGAAACUCGUGCGACAAGAGCAUACUUAAAAAUGGGGCAGUAUUUGCUACAGGCGUAUACGGAGAGGGACUUGACGGUGCAACAACGCGCAAAGCUUGCCUGGGCACCUGUGACAUUCCUAAGAUAUUGGCGAGCGUGGUUAAAGAUUGAAGGGUACGAUGCUCAUCAAAACUUUAUUUCCCAGCAAACCUUUGAUGAUACAAUUCUAGCGGGACAUAGCCUCAUACUAUCAAUGAAGAUGUUUUCGGUGUAUUUUCCGAAUCAUGUGUUUUAUCCUUGGACAUUCGGUUCGCAGAAGUGUGAGGAAUUAUUUGGAAAGUUGCGAUGUUUCUGUCGAGGGAAGCCAAAUUUAUCCUUGCUAGACAUGAUUGAUUUCUCAGGAAGAGUGCAAAAAUUAGAAGAACUGAAAUUGGGAGUAGAAAAAGAGGCUCAAGACAUGCAACUGCCGCAAUGGCCACAAAACAUCGAUGAUGAACUAAAGGCGGGCAUGAUAAUGGCAGAGAGAGAAGUUCUGAAGACGUUAGAGCUUAUAGGUAUGUUGCCAGCUUUGGUCAAAGGAAACAUCCUUAAAUUAGAGGGCGAUGACAUUAUCAAUAUAAAUACUCCCGAGUUUGGAACGUUUGCCGUAUGGGACGCACCUGAUGAAAAUGAGGUAAUAUCUAGUGAGGAUCUAUUUGAUUUAGACAAUGAGGUGCUUUUAACUGCCAUUGAAGAUCAUGGAAGCAAUCAUUUCAGUGCGUUGGUAGAUUUGGCCGCGACAGCCUCUUUAGACAAUGACCAGGAUGAGGAAGACAAAGAUGACGAGGAAGACAGUCCUACACAUUGUUCAUUCUAUAAAGAAAGGAAGUGCAAGUACCUAGAUAAAUCGUUUAUCCCUCCCAAAAACACUCACUGGGUGGGCUGCAGUUAUCCUACUUGCAAAGAUUGGUAUCACGAACAGUGUCUCUCUCUGCAAUUCGCAACAGACAAGGAAAGAGACGAGUAUACACUUAUCUGCCCCAAACAUACCAACAUCAGGGAACAUUUUCGUGACAAAUUGGUAGCUUUAGAGUCAGACAAGCAUUCACUGGUGGACGAAAACGUAAUUCUCGAGCCCCUGCCAAAACGCCUUCGGGUUGACCAAAAAACCAAAAGCGCAGAACAUCAAACUGAUUACUCUAUUCGUCCAAAUUAUGUAGAGCAUGAAGGGCAACAUUACCAUAUGGCAGAAUUUCUGUCAUUACAGGAAGGCAAAGUAUACCGUCCUGCCACUUCACGCCUUGCACGUUGGAUGGAAUCGGCGAGAAACGAUUUUUAUGAAAAAAUCGAAAAUCUCAUGAACCCUCAACGUGUCGAAACUGGUACUUACAUCAACGACAUCGUUGCAUUGUGGUUUCCAUCGGAAGGAUUACAAGUUGCCCAUAUUGUCAGGAUUGUAAGAUCACCGUCUCUAAAAUCAAACUUUCCAGUUUUUGAAUGGCGAUCAGAUUCCAAAAAAAAAGAAAAAGUUACCAUUUGCUUUAGGGUGUUAAACUAUGAGAAAAAAGCCUCUCUUGGGUGGGAGUUGGAAACUACUCCCACCUUUCGUUGGUCUGAAGUUCAUUCCAUCCUCAAAGUAGUGGGAAAGGUUAGUGGUUCACAGCCUGAAUGGCCGAUAUACGUUGAUUUGACGGAAAUUUUCAAGGAAUUGCCACGACUGCAGAAAAUGGACGAAGAGAGGAAGAAAAAAGAGAAUUUGCAACGAAAGGAUGAAAGAGAAAAAAUAAAACAAGGCAACCCGAAGGAUAUGACCAUUACGUUAUUGCGCGAACUUUUGGACGAAAUGGGCGAGCCGUACAAAAAAAGUUGA